UAAACGUGUCUGUCAAAUUCCGCGGCUUCUCUGUAUAUCUGAAACUGUUUUGUUUUCGAGUUGGGAAUGGAACGUUUCAGAAGUCCUUUAGCGGAUACAGAUCGAAUAUGCAUUCAUGCGGUUUUGUAGUUGAAACUUAAUGUGGAUAUUUCUAUCAAAUAUAUGUGUGUUAGAAAGUAUAAUUAAUCGAAGAUAUAUAUGAUUGAAUCAAAUAUCACUUCUACGGCGUGCAAGGUCAUACUUAGAACAGGUUUCUCUGCUUGUUAGAGGAUGAAAAAAGCAUGAAAAGUAAAUAAAUACGAAUCAUUUUUGAGAAAAAUGGAACCUGAAGAAUUUGGAGAUGUAGGUUUUACUAACGUUGGUUUAAAAGCUCGAUCACCUGAAGGACAUGCAGCCAGAGCUAUGCAUAUCAAAGGGGAUGAGUAUAUUUGGGUGGAAAUACAAGAAAAGACGUUCAAAAAUUGGGUGAAUGAACAAAUCCGACCUUUAGGUAUGUCCAUAACGAAUUUAGCAACAGAUUUUAGUGACGGGCUGAGGCUUAUUGCAUUAAUUGAAGUUUUACAGAAAAGAAAAUUGAAGAAAAUAAGAAAGCCUUUAAAUCAACACCAGUGUCUGGAAAAUGUGCAAACUGCUCUUCAGGCUAUGGCAUCAGAUAAUAUUAAAUUAGUCAAUAUAGGAAAUACGGAUAUUGUGGAAGGAAAUUUGAAACUCAUUCUUGGCCUCAUUUGGUCUCUCAUUUUGAGGUACCAAAUCGGCAGGACAAACUUCCCUCCCAAGAAGCUGAUGCUGUCAUGGCUCCAAGCCGCUCUUCCAGAUCUUCACAUCGCAAACUUUACUUCGGAUUGGAACAGUGGAGUUGCCUUGAGUGCUCUGCUGGAUUUCUGUAGGCCUGGGUUGUUUCCUCACUGGAAAUCUUUAAGCAUAAAGAAUAGUGUAGAAAAUUGUCGGACUGCCAUGCACUUGGCCCGGGACGAAUUCAAUGUGCCGAUGAUUCUGACGCCGGAAGACCUAGCGAGUCACAACCUAGACGAAUUGUCCGGAAUGACCUACCUCUCAUACUUUAUGAAAGACGACAGUCCCGGCUACAGGGCAACGCUUAGCUGGGUGCAGAAGCAGUUGCCACAAUUUAAUAUUCAGAAUUUCACGACUGAUUGGAAUGAUGGACUUGCAUUAUGUGCUUUAGUGAAAGCAUAUGGUGCCAGUGUCCCGGAUUACACAGAACUGAAAAAAGACAGAUCCUUUUGGGAGCAGAAUAUCCAGCAUGGUAUAAUUGGUGGUGAAAGCCUCGGGGUUCGUCCACUUCUGAAACCUAAAGAGUUAUCUGACCCGGAGGUGGAACAUUUGGGUGUCAUGGCAUAUAUCGCGCGUUUUCAGUGGGUCAAGCCUAUUAAAAGACCCCAAGAUAAAAUCAGCAUUUCUGGAAUAAAUUUAAACAAUGUCCACAUCAACAAACCAGCUAAAUUUCGGAUAAACUUUAUGGACAACAACAUCGAGGAAAAGAAAAUUAGAGUGGAAGUUCGUUAUGAAAACAAAAAGUCUGAUUGCCAGCUAUCUUUCACAAAAAGCAGUGGCACGGGAUCGUUUGUAUCAACAAAUGUUGGAAUGCAUGAGCUAAUAGCCUUUUAUGAAGAUCAAAUGAUUACUGGUUGUCCUAUUCAUGUUAAAGUCCAUCCAGAUAUAUCUAAAAUUCUGUAUUCUGGAAUUGAUCCUUGUGCAUUAGGCUCAGUUGUUGAAGUUCUGAUCAAUUCUAAUGGCGUUGAGGGUGGCAAUGUUUUUGUUGAAGCUCAGUCACCGUCCGGAAAACUGAGGAAAUGUGUAGUGGCUGAAAAUGAAGGCGUGUAUACUGCUACAUUUACUCCGGAUGAAAUAGGUGAAUGGAAGAUUAUUGUGACAUAUGCUGGUGAACACAUUCAUGGUAGUCCAUUUACAUGUUAUGUUUAUGACCCAGCAAAAGUGAAGGUGCAAGGAUUAAGUUCUGUAGUAAAAGGAAAAGAAAAGACGCUUGUGAUCGAUGCCAGUUUAUCUGGAUGGGGAGAGAUGAAAGCAGAUUUGUUACACAAUUCAGUCCCUGUUCCCUUUUCUAUCGAUGAACAAGGAAAUGGUAUUUACAAAUUGAUAUUCCAACCAACAUCUUCUGGGAAAUAUCAUCUCAAUGUCACAUUCAAUUCUAUAAAUGUAAAAGGGUCUCCGUUUAGUUUUAGAGUUGUUGAAACUGAUGAAGAAUUAAAGGGAGGUACAUUUGAAAAUCGUGUUGAAGAUAAUAAAAUGAAGAAGGAAAAAACUCUGCCGUUGAAAGAAGUACAAAGAAAUCACAUUUCCUUAGAUGGGUCUGUGUCUACAAAAUUGGCUGAAACUAGUUCUUACAUUAAAAACAUGGAAAAUGUUACCAAACAUUCGACUGGCAAUCUUCUUUCUAGCAGAGAAAAUAUUCACCAGUCUUUAAACACAGCAGAAGUGUCUUCUGUUAACAAAGUUACUUCAUCGAGUCAGGAAAAUUUAAGUUUCCAUCAGCGUGCAGAACUAGUAAGUAGUAAAUUAAUGGCUCACAAAGAAAAUGUUAAAACUUCGAAAGCACCUGCUCCUCCAACACCGAAGAAACCUGUUGCUGCUGAUCCUUCUUCAAAUUUCAAAUCUAAAGAGAGUGAUGUGUUCACGCAGUUGAGUAAAUCAAGCCAUGAAAAGUUUCAAUUUUCUGAACAGCAUUCUUCGUCCCAGCAAACUGGUUUACAUAAAAUAUUGUCUAGUAGCAGUGACAGUUUGGGUGCUAAGCCUAAAAUGCAUACAAAGAAGAACAGAGAUAAUGAAGGCUUUAACCCUAGUAUGGGUGAUUAUGGUUAUGCUUCUUUAUCUGGAAAACAUAAGAAAGAUCUUAUAGAUGUUUCUCAAAUCAUCGCCGAAGGGGAAGGCUUAAAGUUGGUGCCUGUAAAGCAACCUACAACAUUUUCAUUGCAGGCUCCGUGGCUAAAGCAAGAUGAUAUUCAAGUUACAGUAACAGCACCUUCUGGUAGAGAAAUACCAUUUAGGUUGGAAUUUGUGAAUCAUGGCAAAUAUCGAGUCGAAUAUAUCACACCUGAGGUGGGAGAGCAUUCUAUUGAAAUAAGUGUUGCUGGCAAGCGUCUUCCUGGAAGCCCUUAUCAAUGUUUUGCAUACGAUUCAUCUCAAAUCAAAGUUGGAAAAAUUCCUAAUGGGACCAUUGGUAAACCAGUUGAAUUUGAAAUUAAUGGAGCUGAAGCAGGAUCUGGCAAUUUAGAAAUUUUAGUUAAUGGAGGCCAUGUAACCAGCAAUGUAAAAAGUCUUGGAAAUCAUUGUUUCUUGGCUUCUUUCAUCCCCCACACAGCCACAACACAUACUAUUGAAAUGAAAUUCAAUGGCCAUCAUGUGCCUGGAUCUCCUUGGAAAUGUGAAGUCAGUGAGUUGGGUAAAAAGUUAUCUGCAAGAGGUGAAGCUUUAAAAUCCUUUAGCACUCGACAACCUGCUAGUUUCGAGGUUUUUGCUCCUGGUCAUUCCAAAGAAAGCAUCAAGGUCAAUGUGUGUGGGCCCACAAAGAACCCAAUCCAGCCUAAGAUGACUGAACAAAGUGGAGGCGUUUUCCGUGUCGAAUUUAAUGCUUUUGAAGUUGGAACUUACUCUGUUGAUGUAAUUGUUGAUGGUCAUCCUUUGCCUGGAAGUCCUUUCAUGACAAAGGCUUAUUCUUCUGCUCAAAUCCAUGUUUUAGAUGUCCCUCAGACAUGUGUUGUGGGGCACAAUUGCCAGUUUCAAGUGGAUGCUUCUCAGGCUGGUGAAGGUCAACUGGAAAUAUCAGUUAAUGAUGGCAAAGUUCCAAAUCAAGUCCAGGUUCUUGGAAAUGGGCGUUGCUUGGUGAGCUUUCGACCUGAAGCAAGUGGACCACAUACCAUUGAUAUUCGAUUCAAUGGAGAAAAUGUUCCUGGUUGUCCUUUAGUGGUUGAAGCUACUGAUUCUUCAUUCUCAGUUGAGGUAUCAAGCCAGGAUCUUGUUCCUAUCAAUAGAGUGGCCCAUUUCAACAUUAAUAUCCAGGGAGCUAGAGAAGCUGAUCUGAAAGUUACAAUAACCUCUCCUAGUGGAGGAAAAAUUCCCGUGAAACUCUUUGCUGAUGCUAAGAGUGGUUUCAUUGGCGAAUUUUUACCAAAAGAAGUGGGUCCUCACUUACUUUUCAUUGAGUAUGGUGGAAGGAAGGAUAUCAGUUCACCCUAUACAAUAAAAGUGUAUGAUGCAUUGCAGGUUAAAAUAAGCAGAAUAACUGAUGGUAUAUUAGGAAAAACAUAUCAAUUUACAGUGGAUGCUAGUCAUGCUGGUGAAGGGAACCUUGAAAUUACUGUGAGUGGCCUUGGAAGGAACAUCCCAACACAAGUGCAUCCUUUGGGAAGUGCCAAGUUUGCUGUUUCUUUUGUGCCUUCUGAAUUGGCAGACCACUUCAUCAGCAUAUCAUUUAACAAAGAGCCUGUACCAGGUAGCCCAUUUAAAGUAAAGUUGACAGAUUCUCCAAGCAAAGUGUCUGUAUCUGGAUCUAAUUUAAUUGCUGCUCCAGUUAAUGAAACAACUAGUUUUCUUGUGCAUGGUUUAUCAGCUGAAAAUCAAAAUUACUCCAUAGAUAUAGAAGGUCCAGAUGGGAAUAAAAUUCCUUACAAAAUAAAGGAAUUAUCUGAUAAUGCAUUGAAAGUAGAAUUCAGUCCUCAAAAGACUGGUGAUUAUAAAACUCAUAUCCUUGUUAAUGGAAAUCCUUUGAGUGAAAGCCCUUUUGUAACUAAAGUUUAUGAUGUGAAACAAAUUAAAGUGAAAGAAAUUCCUAAAGGAUUAGUAGGAAAACCAGUUACUUUUAUAGUGGAGACAUCUAAUGCUGGUCCGGGUAAUUUGGAAGUGGCUGUGAAUAAGGGACAGGUUGCUACUGUCCCCCAAGCACAAAGCCCUACUCAGUAUGCAAUUUCCUUUACACCUCAAGAGGCUAAACGUCACAUAAUUGAUUUAAAAUUCAAUGGUGAAACUGUUCCUGGAAGUCCAUUUGAAUGUCAUGUUGUUGAUUCAUCCAAAGUAAGGGUCAAAGGGGAUGGUAUAGAAAGAGUUCCUGUAAAUCGCCCUGCUCAAUUUAUCAUUGAUACAGGCGGAGUUGAUAUUGGAGAAAUUCAUGCAACUGUAAUUGGUCCAAAUCAAUUGCCAUUGAAAUGUUUUAUACAUGGAAAUUAUCAAAGUGGCUAUAGAAUUGAAUAUACGCCUGUGGAUGUUGGUGAUCACGCUGUUGAUGUUAGGAUUGAUGGCCAACCAGUUGCUUCUAGCCCUUAUCUUGUUAAAGUGUAUGAUGCAUCUAGAGUCAAAGUAACAGAUAUCGUAUCUGGUGUAGUUGGAAAACCUGUUUAUUUCAACAUUGAUGCAAGCCAAGCAGGUGCUGGAAAUCUAGAAAUUAUUGUAUCAGUAGGUGGUCGGAAUGUUCCAAAUUAUGUUCAAUCAGAAGGAAAUGCCAGAUUUCGAGUUAAUUUCAAACCUACUGAAGCUCAAACUCACACAUUAAGUGUUAAAUUUAAUGGCGAACCUGUACCAGGAAGUCCAUGUUAUGUAAAAGUAACAGACAGCAGCCAAUCAGUUGUGACAGGAUCAUCGUUAAGAAUGACAUCAUUACAACAAGGAGCUCAUUUUACUGUUGACACCAGGAAUUUUGAAAAUGGAGUCUGCAAAGUUGUUGUUACAGGGCCAGCUACCAAGCAUGUGCCUGUGACUGUGAAAAAAACAUCUAGCACUACUUUUGAUGUCAGCUUCAAGCCCCAGGAAGUUGGUCCUCAUCAGGUUCUAGUUACUUUAGAUGAUACACCAUUGCCUGGAAGCCCAUUUCUUUGCAAUGUGUAUGAUGUUUCAAAAGUGAAAGUUUCUAAGCUAGUUCCUGGAAUUGUUGGCAAACCGUGCACAUUUCAAGUGGAUGCAUCCCAUGCAGGGGAAGGAACUUUAGAACUUGUUGUAACUACACGAAAGUCUUCUGUAAGAGCAGAGGUAUCAAUGAAAAGUCGUGGACUAUAUGAUGUAACAUUUGUUCCUCAAGACAAAAUAUCUCAUUAUGUGAACAUUACAUUCAAUGAAGAAGAUGUACCAGGAAGCCCUUUCAAAAUUGAGGUGCAUUCUCCUACAUCUGGGAAAGGGCUGAUAGCCAAUGGAGAAGGCCUGAAGCAGGGUUUGGUUGGAUCUACAAAUAUCUUUGACAUUGAAACUAAUGGAAUUGAAGGAAAUGUUGAAGUUAGAGUUACAGGACCCAAUGGUUCCUUUAUACCAGCAUCAAUUCACAGUGUGAAACAAGAUACAUUCCGAGUUGAGUACCAACCCAAUGAAAUAGGGACUUAUAAAGUUGAAGUUCUGCAUCAAGGAAACAUGAUAUCCAGCAAACCCUUCUUGGUGGAAGUAUGUGAUCCAAGCAGGGUAAAAGUCAUGGAUGUUGAAGAUGGAAUCAUUGGAAGGGAACAAACAUUUAAAGUUGAUGCCUCACGAGCAGGCAGGGGCAAUUUGAAUGUCUCCAUUACUGCAUCCAAUAGAGAUGUAAAAUACAGUUUGCAAGAAAUGAGUUCGGGAAUAUAUCAAGUGACUUAUGUACCCCAUUCUGACCACCCACAUAAGAUAGAUGUUUAUUAUAAUGGACAUCAAGCACCAGGUUGCCCACAGAUUGUGGAAAUAAGAGAUCCAAGUCACUCAAUUAUAGCUCAUGGUUCUGGCUUGAAAGCCACACAGUGUGGGAAGACAGCUUCCUUUUUCAUUGAAACUGGAGGAUUUGGAGAAGCCAAAGACUUUGAUAUCAUUGUCAUUUCUCCUGGUGGUUCACCUCUGCCAGUGAAAUGCUAUCAACAAAAAGAUGGUAGUUUGUUAGCAGAGUGGCCUGCUCAGCAAGCAGGAAAUCACAAGAUCGAAAUUCUAUAUGCUGGGAAGCCUAUUGCUGGAUCUCCAUUCUCUUGCCAAGUAUUUGAUGCUGCUCAAGUUACUUUACAGAAAAUCAAAACUACAACUUUUGCAGUUGGAGAAAAUAUAUCAUUCACUUUAAAUCGCAAAGAUGCUGGGUAUGCUGAACUUGAUGUAACUGUCACAAGUCCAUUGGGUAGACAUCUUCCUAUUGAAGUGAAAGGAACUUCUGAUGGUGAAGGUGAACUUAUUGAAUUUACCCCCACGGUUCCUGGAAAAUACAAAAUUGCCAUAACUUAUGGAAGUAUUGAAGUGCCAGGUAGUCCAAUUACUUUCAUUGCACAAGACAGUGGUGUACCAAAAGUUGAAGGUCCUGGUCUCACUGUUGCACAAAUUGAGUGUCCAGCUACUUUUAAGAUUCUUGCUAAAGGUCUCUGGGGUCACCCAAGUGUUAUUGUUGAUGGGCCUGAAACAGAAGCUGAAGUGUCUAUUGAGGAAGAAGAGGAAGGUAUUUAUUCAGUUUGUUACAUUCCAUUGGAGAUUGGUCUCUUUGACGUCAAAAUCUCAUGGAAUAACAAAGAAAUUCCAGGAAGUCCUUAUCAUCCAAGAGUUGUAAACGCCAAUAAAAUGCGUGUCAUUGGUGGCUUAGAAAAUCUUCUUGAUGAGCAGAAUCAUAUCCAACUUACUGUUGGGCAAGAAAAAAGAAUUCCUUUUGAUGUCUCUGAAGCGGGGCCAGGCAAACCAAAAGCUGAAAUCCGAUCACCAUCUGGUAAAAUUCUUCCCUCACGGUUUGAUCAAACUGGAAAUCAUAGGUAUCAUCUUCAUUUCACACCAAAGGAAAGAGGUGAACAUCAAAUCUAUGUGUAUUUUGCUGAUUUGCCUCUUCCACAAUCUCCAUUUUUGGCUCACUCUGAAGAACCAGGUCCUGUACCAGAUCACACGAGAGUGGUUUUGAGGGGUCAUGGAUUAACCGGAGCUAAAGUGGGAGAAGAAGCUGAGUUUACCAUUGAUGGAUCAGAAGCUGGUCCGGGUUCGCCUGAAGUUACUCUUGGUGGAGUUAAAGCUGACAUUCCAGUUCAAAUUAUUCCAAUUGAAAAUAAUGUAUAUAAAGUGGUCUACAUGCCUACCGUUCCUGGUGCCUACUUAUUGAAUGUCAUGUGGUCAGAGCGACAAGUGAAGGGAUGCCCUCUGAAAGUGAAUGUAUCUGCAUCAUGUGAUGCUCAGAAGGUUGCUUGUUCAGGAGAUGGCCUUCGUGGGGGAACUGUUGGCAAAGAAAUCAAAGCUUUUAUUGAUACAAGGAAGGCUGGUCCAGGUGAAUUGACAGCACAUUGCAUGGGUCCACAUAAAGUUGCUUAUUGUGAAUUGGUCGAUCAUAGAGAUGGUACUUUUACUUUAUAUUUAAAACCUCAAGAAGGUGGAAGACACGUUCUUACAGUUAAAUAUGGUGGAGAGCAUGUUCCUGGGAGUCCUUUUACAUUGAGAGUUGCUGGUGCUCCAGAUGCAUCGAAAGUGCGAGUCUAUGGCCCUGGAAUUGAGCCUGGUGUCUUAGCCACCUAUCAAAGUCGAUUUAUUUGUGACACAAGAGGUGCUGGUGCAGGACAACUGACAGUUCGUAUUAGAGGGCCUAAAGGUGCAUUUCGAGUGGAAAUGCAGCGUGAAAGCCAAAAAGACCGAACUAUUCUUUGCAAAUAUGAUCCAACAGAACCUGGAAAUUACAGGCUAGAAAUUAAAUGGUCUGGAGAUCACGUGCCCGGCUCACCGUUCAAUGUCAUGAUUUUUGAUACGCAAGAAGAGCUCAAUCAUUACUUGCAAGGCAUGUACCAGGCACAGAGCUCUGGACAUCCUCCUCCUUUGCCUCCAGCAGACUACUUUGGAGGAAGCAUGACAUACAGCACUGGAUUUGGACAAAUGUCGUGGAGAGGAUCGACAGCUGAAUUGUGAACAUCUUCUGUUGCCUUCAUGAAAAUUCAGAUCAGAUCGCUUGGUUAAUUACUGUUGAAGAUUUCUGCACGCAACGUCAUUUGUUAAAGGAGCAUUUUAAUGUUGCCUGAUAUUCCCUUCGAAUGAUUAAAUGAAAAUUUUUGUUAUUUGUCUGUCUUACGAAGAGAUAAAAACACAAUAUCAACAUUAAUUUGUUGUCGACUACACAUUUUCCAUAUUAUGACUGAGAAAUUUAUUUAUCAUUAGAUAUAAAAAACAUUAGGGAUGCAAGGCAUAUCAUAACUAUGUACUUGGAGUCAGUAUGGCCAAUUUUUUUGCAAUGGUCAUCUGAAUGCAUAUAUCGGCUCCCGUUCCAGACUGUAAAAUACCAUUUUGAGAGUUUUUUCAUUGUAUUUCUACAAUGAUUGAUAUUUCUGUAGGCAGCUUUGAAAAAUGUUUUACAUUUUUAAGUGUGUGUGUGUGCAUAUAUAUAUAUACACACACACAUAAUGAUAUUUUAAACAAUAAUGCUUACAUAUAUAUAUAAAUAUUAAGUAUAUAUGUGACAUGUCAAUUUUAUAACUAGAAUCGAAAUACUAAAUUGAACUACAUGAUUUGGAACUGAAAAUAUAUAUUAAUAAAAUAUAAGGUAAAUUUAAUGUAUACUUUAUAAAGAUAUAUUUUAAUCUCAUCCAUAAAAGAAGAAUUUCCUGGGGAAAUUCUUCUUCCAUUUCAUAUAUUUUAAAUAUAACUAUAGCUUAUUCAAAUUAGAAUUCAAAAUCAUUUAGUAAAAAGAUAAAUUUAUAUCAUAAUUCUCCUGUUAUUUCAUAUUACAUUAUAAAUUAUUUUAUCAUUGUUUAAUUACUUUUUGUAAAUUCAUUUGUAAUUUUUAAAUUUAACUCAUAAUAUUUAUUAAUGAUGGACAAAGC